AUGAAAGUAGAGGCGUCAUGCGAAAAACCAAAAGCGGAUCUACGCGAUGAAUUAGACGCGAGUGUUGAGUUUGGAUCUGGAUAUAUUUCUCUCUUUGGUCCCCCCAGUAGUGGUAAGACAACACUGCUCUUGCAGUAUUUGACAGCACGUGAGCAACAUGUUCAUAGAAUGAAGAGAUCCUUUCAUCUGGAAUAUGUGAGUGCCAAAGCUCUGGACGGAGAUCCACUACAACGACUCACUUGGCGAUUACAACCACAGGCACGUCGUCGUCGUACGGAGUGUUCUCUCUUACAAUUUGGUUGUUUGAUUAGAAAGUGGUUGGACGCGGCAGCGGAAGGAAGUGAGAUGCACUUCGUUGUGGAUGACGCCGAUGUGUUGGAGGAGGACACGAUAGACAUUAAUCACUGGCUCUCCGCGUGUCUCGCCGUGGGGGUGCAGGAACGGCAGUGCCACCGAAAUAAAGUCUGUUUGUGGGUCGUUUCGCAGAUGCCAUUACGCAUUUCCAAUUGUUUUCGCUUUCACUUUGUAUGUAAACCCGACGCUGCAGUUGUGCGUGCCUGGUUGGACCAUCUCUUCAACGCAAACCGCGCGCUCCUCCCGGCGGAUCCCCCAGCGGACACGCCGCACCUCACACUCGAGCAGACCCACACGGCGGUGGUGGAUGCCGUCGGGUACUACACCGCACAUCUCCCCAUGCGGGCCAGCGUGGUCGCGCAGGAUCUGCGGCAGUUGCUGCAGCGCGUCUGCCACGUCCUCCCGCUGCUCGCACCGCACUACACAGCCGCAAGUGGACGGCCAAACGCCAUGCAUCACUCCGCCGCGUGGGGAAAACAGCGGCAGUUGGCCGCAGCAGGAGAAGGGGAUGAUCCACUCGUGACAUCACUGAAGCGGAUUGGAUACUCCGCCAUGUUGUGGGCUCUCAGUGCAUUUUACUGUGGCGCCGUGCAUAAGUCAAAACACGCGUUUGUCUUUGGCGAUCAAGAAUUGCAGUCCCGCACAAAUUCGAGUGGGGCAAAUGUCUCAUCACACAAAGCCGCUGUCUUGUCAUCUUCGGCACACGUCGUGUACGUACCGCGGCUCAUGCGGGUUUAUCAAGCACUUCUUAAGAUUUGUGUACAUCAUGUGGAUCCACUAGAGUUCGGGCCAACCGCUAUGGCAGUGCAGCACCACCAAACGUUAGUUUCGUGGGGUCUUUUGGUCCAUUCUUCUGCAAGUUCAAAGGCUUAUCAUUGUCAUAUUCCCGUCACAUCUGCUCUUGGGCUUUCCAAGUUACUUUCUCUUAACCUUUAUGAUCUCAUUCCAUCAUAA